UGACACGAGACAGUUUGUUCAGCUCUUCAUUAUUAAGUAAUAGGACGUGUAUUAUCGCCAUCGGUCGAACUUGUUAUUUAUGAUGUUCGACUGCGUUCAGUUGAUGUUAUCACAUUUGUGCUGCGGUGUAAUCUAAAGCUCACAUUUGAAGAUGAAAACGCGCCAGCACAGCAGAUUGUUCUAGUCGUAUGAAACCCGGCUAUGUGCUAAAAAAAAAUUUGUCCAAUUAUAAUAUUCAAAUAUGAUUCAUGAACGUGUGGUAGUUUGUUAAAUUGACAAGGCACGUUCUGUGCGAUAACUGUUAUCGUUGGACAUCAAACGUUUUUAUUUUGAUUACAAAUUGAAGCGAGACAAAUUUAAAUCAUAAUGGACACGGCAAUAGUUUGUUCUGUACCAUUUUGUUACAAUAAGAGUACCAACUCGAAAAUCACUUUUUAUAAUUAUCCACAAGAUGAAAACCUUCGUUGUAUUUGGCUAAAAAACUGUGGUAUAGAAGAAAUUUGUUUCAGUAAUACUCAUAAAAUAUGUGAAAAUCAUUUCGAAACAAAAAUGUUAUUGGGACCUUCAGAACUUGUGCCUAGUGCAAUUCCGACUUUAUUCAGUGAUGAAAUAAUAAAAAACAGAAAACUGGAAGAUAGUCAAGUUGUUGUUAAAUUAGAAACGGAGUCUGUAAAUAUUGAUUUUCAGUAUCAACAAAAUAGCUUAGAAUUUGAAAAUUCUACACUUAGCAAUGUAAAAAAUGAGCAUUCCAAUAAUUCUAAUGGCGUAACAUCAACUAAAACUAAUGAUCAUUUUAAUAAAACACAAAUUGAUAAUUUCAGUCCUUUAUUAUUGAAAACUGAAUUAGAUGAUACAAAAAGUCCUGCAAACUUUGAAAAUCAAUUUAAGAACGACACUAUCGCAAACUCAGUAAUACACUUAAAAAUGGACACAACAUCAUAUCUACCGAAUAGUUCAUUUUCAUCAAAUAAUUAUUACAAUGAGGAACAAUCAACCUCCGUACCUAAUAAUUCAAGAGGUGAAUUUCCUCCAGACACAGAAGAAGUAAAAAAUCUUAGAAAUAUAAAAAAAAAAUUACAAAUGCAAUUAAAAAGCAAAUCUGUAUCAACAUUUUACUUAAAAUUAGCUAAAAAAUAUUUGCCUCCAGAUUUAUUUGAAAAAGUUAAGAGCCGUAUUGAAAAACAAAUAAGCGUUUUUGGUGAUUUUUAAAAGCAUUUAUUAUUAAUUUUUUUAAUAAAAUUGAGGUACAAAAAGUACAACAAACGUAAGCAACCAUGGACUUAAUAUAUAUAUAUAUAUAACACUUUUAAAGAUCAAUUAUAACUAUGAAUAAUUUUAAUAUAAAUAUUUUAUAUUUAAAACAUAGGGAUACCUUUUGUAAUUUAUGAUCCUCUGAUUAUUAUCUUUUGUCUUGAACUAUAUUAAUAUAUUUAUUAAUAAAAUUAUUUUAUAUUUAUUUUUAUUAUUAUAGUUAAAUUUUAUUUAAUUAAUUUCAUAAAUAAUUAGUGUAAUAACAUCAUUGCUUUGUAAAAUUACAUUAAUACAUUUUUUUGAUUAUUAUUA